AUGGAAGUCAUACUUGGCUACGUGGAUGAAUUUAGACACAUGAAAUUUAGAACGGUAUAAUAAUAUAGGAUAUAUAUGCAGAAAAUAUUACAAUUAGUGUCUUUGGCAAUAGUAAUAGGAUCGGCAUUGUCAAUUUGGAAAAGUUUAUAAGUCGUGUCACUUUCAGAAUGUCCAGUGGUUGUUGUGUUAUCUGAUUCAAUGGUGCCUGCAUAUGGUAGAGGUGAUAUACUAUUCUUGACUUACUUCAACAAGCCAUUUGAGGUGGGAGAUGUGAUUGUUUAUAAGCUCAAAGAUCAAGAAAUUCCAAUAGUGCAUAGAGUAUUACAAAUUCAUAAAUAGUAAGAAAUUCAGAUAUUGAUAUUAACCAAAGGAGAUAAUAAUCAAGUUGAUGAUAGAGCCUUAUAUCCAAAAAAUCAGAUGUGGCUGAAGCGAUCAGACAUCAUGGGGAAAAUAUAAGGAUUUUUGCCUUAUGUUGGACACAUCACUAUAUAUCUGAAUGACUAUCCUUACUUCAAAUUCGUGAUGAUUGGUUUGAUGAGCUUGUUUGUGUUAACAGCCAAGGAUCCAUAAAGUUGAAUUUGUUUAAUAAUUAAA